UUCAUAUGGUUUUGACGUUGCGCCGGCUGCGCUUCGCAGCACUGUGCGUAUACGCGCGCGUUGCCCAGCACUGCUCGCCCGCACAGCUGACGUCACGGGUGCCCAAAAGAGAGCCACUAAAAAUCGCGUGGAAAAUCUAUUUGAACAACAAAACGAAUAACUAUAAAAUGAUUUGCGCUGUGGACGACUGCGUGAGCAACCUGAGAGGGAGCCGCCAGCGUUCGUUCAAAUUUCCUGGCGAUGCCGAGCUGCGUCGCCAGUGGACACGCUUCUGCCGCCGCGCGGAUGGAAUCAAUUACCAAGCGGAGCGCGUUUGCCUGGACCACUUUGAAAUGGAGGACUUCGAGAAGGAGCACACGCCCCUCAAACUAAGGCCCGAGGCUGUGCCCAGCCUGCAUGCGCACCAAGACAUCGAUUUGGAAGUAGUUGAGGAAAAUUUGGAGCUGCCAGAGGCGAAGGAGGCAACUCUGGCCAAGGACCAGCCAGAGGAGAUGGACAGCGACUAUGACUUUGAGGAGCUGCCUGCGGAGGAGUGUCUGCAAGUGCAGGUGGUGGACGCCGAUUCCUACCUAAAGGUCUUGGAGAAGGAAAACACCGAACUAAAACGCGACAACUUCAAAAUGAAUCUGUCCAUUCAGACCAGCGAGAGGGACAUCGAGAGGUUGCAACGGCAGCUGGACAACUCGAAUGAGCGCUACAGACAACUCGUUGGCAACUUGGAGCGGAUCUUCUCCGUUUCCCAAAUCGAAAGGAUUCAAAACGACAGACGCAUCGUGUGGCCCAGGACGGACCUAAUCGAAGCGCAUAGUUUGUAUGCGACCAGCAGGAGUGCCUACAGCAUGCUGCUAGGCAGGAACUACCCGCUGCCUUCUUUGCGGACAAUGCAGUACUGGGAGGCCCGCGAGCGGAACCCCACCACAAGCAGCUCGAGGCAGAAUGGCCAGCACCAAGAGUACGAUUCCAUUGAUGCCACCAGCACGGAUCACAAUUACACCUAGCGCUCACCAUCCAGCUCGACCUCUUCUGGUACUGUGGACACGACCAACUUGGAUCACAAUUACACAAAAGCAGAAUUGCCAUAAACGCGAUCGACUUUAAUCCUGCAUGCAAAGCACUCGAGACUGCUGGCAAACACAUUUUAAAUU